GUCAAGGAGAAGGAGAGGAAGCGAAGCAGGCAAUCAGCUGGUAGUGGUAGGAAGUCGUCGGAAGGGAAGUUGUGGAGCUGUCAUUUUGAAAAUGGCUGUUGUGCAUCGAGAAACUAUACAAAAACAAAUACAGCAAGAUUGGGCAAAUCGUGAAUAUAUUGAAGUAAUCACAGGAAGCAUAAAAAAAAUUACUGAUUUCUUGAACUCCUUCGACAUGUCAUGUAGGUCACGAUUAGCAACCUUAAAUGAAAAACUUACAACACUGGAGAGGAGAGUGGAAUACCUAGAGGCAAGAGUUACUAAAGGAGAAACAUUAACAUGAGAGAAGAAGUGUAAAUUGGUCAACCAGUGAAAUGACUUUAUAUUUCUCUAUUUUUAAGACAGAAGUAUUUAAUCUGACAUUAUUUAUCAUUAUGUAAGACAGACGUACCAUGCAGAAAGUGGGAGAACUUUGCUUUUUCAAAAUGACUUCUUCAAGAUUAUAUUGUUAUUUCAGGAUGCUUUAUUUAUAGGAGCAUAUUGUGUACUUUAGUCAAAAAAAUAUCAUUUUGUACAUUUCAAAA